AAGAAUGCUAAAAUGACUGCCAGUCGUGCCAGUCGAAUAGAUGAGACAUGCUUUUUUAAUGGUGGACUCAUUCAUCAAAGCAUUCACUUUUCAUCGCCUUUACUUCCAGAUAAGGUGAGCUCAUUAGAAGGUGGCGAUGGAUCAGUUCGCUUGGACAGAGUGAACUCAAGUUCCUUCAGAAAGGUGCUAUAUUGGUGCGCAUAUCACAGAGACGAUGCUGACGAGCCCGAGAAACAGUUCUUCCGAAUUAGCCAAUCUUCGCUACUUGAGAUUCUUUUAGCAGCUACCUAUCUUGCAUUCAGUGAUCUUCGUGAUAGGUGUUGUAGGGUCCUUUCCGACUUGAAUAAGCGUAAACAACGCGGAGGGUUUCGGGAAAUCCUUAAACUUCCCUCCGAAGAAGGGCAGAGUAGUAUAACGGAAUAA